AUGGCCGCCGGCCGCCGGCUGCCGCUGUCCGCGCUGCUGCUGCCGCUGGCCUGCGCCGCCCUGGCCCCGCGUACUCUCACAGAGAAGCAGCUGGCCUGCCUGCUGCCCCCCGACGAGGGGCCCUGCCGGGCCCUGGUGCCGCGCUGGUACUACGACAGGUACACGCAGAGCUGCCAGGAGUUCACCUACGGGGGCUGCCACGGCAACGCCAACAACUUUCUCACCCUCGAAGACUGCGAGAAGAGAUGCUGGACCAUCAAGAAAGUGCCCAAAAUCUGCCGGAUGGAGGCUGAUGGAGGACCUUGCAGGAGUCACCUAAGAAGAUAUGCUUUUAACUUGAGCUCAAUGAGGUGUGAGGAGUUCAUCUACGGUGGCUGCUAUGGAAAUGCCAACAACUUCAGAGAUUUGCAGUCUUGUGUGGACCACUGUCUGCCAGAGAAAACUGGUCCCUUGCUAUGCUACAGCCCAAAGGAUGAAGGUCUGUGCUCUUCUUCUGUGCCUCGCUAUUACUACGACAGCAAGACCAAGUCAUGCAGGGAGUUCAAAUACAGCGGCUGUGGUGGAAACGCCAACAACUUCGUCACUGAAGCCGACUGCUACAAUGUCUGUAGGAAAGCAGGGACUCAGAAACCAAGAAUCAACAAGCCAACCAACGCAUUCCGCAGAAAAACAAUGAUCAAACUGAUUAAAAAGCCUCAGACGUACAAUCCGAAGCCUAUAGCUGCUGUGCACUUGGAUGUUUGAAACACCACCUUCUGAUUCCACUUUCCUCUUUUCUAAGAUAGUUUUCACACAGUUUUACACACCAGUGCAGGUCUUGCUUUCAGAACUGCUUUUUAUCUCCAACUCAUUUUGUAUAAAGAACUGCAUUUUACAGAAGAAGAAUGAGCCCAAGUUUGCUCUGUUGCCUUUGCAGUAGCACUUUGGCAAAGCCAAGUGUUGAAAUUUCCGUGUUUUUAUGGGGGAAUGUUAGUAGCACCGUGGGAGAGUAUUUUAGCUGUUCCUUAGUAUAACCAAGGAGAUUACAAAGCUAAAUCUCCACCAUGGAUGGUUUUUGUUGGCGUCCUCUGCUUGCUAGAGAAAAGGACCCUUUGGAAGGGGUGUUUGGAGGUUCAGUGCCUUGCUGAUUUACACACUUUGCACUGUUGAUUAAGCAGGCUGUCCUUUGCAGUUAUGCUCACAACCAAUGCUUUCAGGAGCUUUCAUAACAAUAAAAGAAGCAUAAACUUCAAUCUGGCUCUUCCCACAAGGAAAGGUGGGAAACGGGAUACUUUGCUAAACACACUGACAAAGGCAAUGAAUAAGCUAGGGGAGGAUUCAAGUGGGAAAAGUAGCCAUUACUUUUUCAUGCUGUUUGAAAUUCCUGCUGAGUUAUACUCCAGGUCCUCCUAUGGCAUAAACCAGCAUCUUUUUGAUUUUAAUGGAGCUAUGCUGGGUACAUCUGCUGAGGAUCUUGACAGCUGUGUUUGUGGUGGCUGUACAGCAGAAGAGCAGAAGCCUCUGCAGAUCUCAUGCAAUCCCUUGUUGGAGGCACUAUUGUAUUUCUUGUGACAGAUAAUGCCUAUGAUGAUACUAUUAAGCCUCCUUUUGUGUUUUGUAUUUGAGCCGUGUCUGAAUUUCAAUUAAUGUUAAUAAAAUAU